CGCUUUCUGGGAUUCGAUGACACCGGGGAGCUGGAUGGUGGAUCAACCCGUGCACUACCAAGAUGCGAACGCCAGGAAGUGAGGUUCCCAGUAUGGAGUACCGAGUCGGGGAAAUAAUGGCUUUUGCAUCAUGCAGUGGUCCAGCCACCACCUUGGGACACGGUUCCCGGCUUGCAGGACAUUCUUCCGCUUUCUCUGCAGUCUUCUAGGUACCUCACAUCCACAAGAUCGGACUUCGUCAUAUCCAAAAUCCAGGAACCCACCCGGGCCACACAAGCAACUCGAUCGAUGGCUAAAGUAUAUGAUCACGCCGUGCCUGGCUAAGCCGCCGGGUCGCACACCUUCCGGCCUGCUGGAAAGUUCGUGCACCUUUGGUGACCAAUUGAGACCACGCUGGUCCGGCCAGACAGGGGGAUCUGCAGCGCUGCAAUUGGAGUGCGCUAAGUUAGCCCGCAGCAGAAGAAGACCGGGCUGUCUAAUUUGAUUCUUUCUUUCUUUAUUUUAUUUAAUUUCCCCCCUUUCUAUUUUCCCUGUCUUCUUUUGGAAACUAGCAACAGCGCACUGGGAUGUAAGGCGUGACAAGCCAAGCCAAGC